AAUGGGUGAUAAUUUCGGUAUCCAUCGUGGUCCGGCUAAGAAGACUGCGGAUAUGUUGGAAGAUCGUACACAGGGACAAAUUUUGAGCGAUUUUAUGAUGCAGCUCGAAGACUACACGCCGACGAUACCGGAUGCAGUCACGUCUUACUAUCUAAAUUCGGCCGGCUUUGAGGGUGCUGAUCCGCGGAUAGUACGCCUAAUUUCGAUCGCUGCACAGAAGUUUGUGUCGGACGUUGCAAACGAUGCACUACAGCACUGCAAGACGCGCACAAACAGUGCACCAAGUUCCGGACAUGGUUCAUCCAAGAACCAGAACCAGAAAUCGUCCAAGGAUCGAAAGUACACGCUCACGAUGGAAGAUUUGCAACCGGCACUGAAUGAUUACGGAAUCACCGUACGCAAGGCACACUAUUUCGUCUAGAAU